AGACGUUCAUCCAUAAACAGUACGUCGUCAAAACGACGACUGAAAAAUUGUUUUCAAAAACAGUUUUUUUUACCAUUACGUAGUUCUCAAGAAGCCUUCAAAGCUGCCCAGUAACCUUGUUUGUAGUUUGCGUGGUCAAGAAAAUGUAGCGUGAAAGUGUCAAGACCCUUAACUUAACUUGAAAGUAUGAUGCAAAGCGGAAGUUAUGUUUUGAUUCUUCUUAUCAUUUUCCACAAAGCAGCUAACAGAACGACUUCCCCUCCUGUUGAUACGAGCAACGUGUAUCCGUUUGGCCCUCAGCAGAAUGACAGCGAGUUUCGUCUCGAAGAUUCACGGUCUUUUUCCUCCCGGUGGUGCUUACGAAUAAAUACAGACUGGAAGGGAUUCCCCUUCUUCUCGGGGAGACAUUAUAAACUGCAUAUAUGCCGCGACGGUAAAAUCCAACUGAAAUAUGAAUGGAGCUGGUGGUGGCCGCAGAAGUUUGGUAUCUAUCGAUGGUUCAGAAAUAUGGCUGUUAUUGCACCUUUCUGGGCGACGACUGAUACUUACUUUGCCUUCAAAAAAAACCAUUCCAGGGUGUAUUAUCAAGUAUACGAAGAAAGUAAGGAAAGCUCCUCUAAUAUUCUUGAUAUGGCUGCAAAACACGUGCAGAACUACACUGAAGGAUUUUCCAACUUUCAGGCCUCCUGGGUCCUUGUAGUGACUUGGGAGAAUCUCUGUCCGUACGUCUAUUAUCCAUACUACUAUUACUAUUAUGGAUACCAGGAAAUUAAGUUAAACUGUCGCUGGAACAACACAUUUCAAGCAGUUAUAAUAACAGAUGGAUUUAACACGUUCUUGAUGUACAAUUAUCCCCACAAUGGCAUUCAGUGGGUGGUUCCUGCAGAUCAUUCUGAUUACCGUUACUGGACUGGCUACUAUGGUCUCCCUACUGCUGGGUGGAACGCAGGGAAUGAUGGUCAGGAUUACCUUAACAUUAAAGGAUCCGGAACUUUGUUUGGAAUGUAUAAUCUAGAUAAACAAAACGGAAAUACGGGAUCACCUGGAAAAUAUUUCUGGAGGAUCGAGAACAAUACGGAAAAAGACUCAUUAGAGAAGUGCAUGGCUUGGAGUAUGCGCCAAAGAGGAUUGAACAUGCGUGAUUGGUACGAUAAACUGAUACGUUCAGACUGGCGGAUGGCCUGUCCUUGUACGGAAUGGCAAGCCUGGUUAGAUUGGGGAAGAUUCUCUUGGGAUUGGUGGUCCACUUGGCCUGAUUGGUGUUACGAGUCCAGGCGUGUCAAAUUCAUUCCCUUUCCAAUGAAUAGUGAUAUCAGGGGUUUUACCGUGAGACAGCAGUGUUGUUACUCAACUAACUGGGACGACUGGGGCUCUCUCAAGGUUGGUCCUCCUGAUGGCGGACACGUGAAAGUUGAUGACUGGUUUAAUCAGGUUGAAGAGAUGGAGGAAAUGUACACAGACCGGCAGGCUUAUCAGUUUUGUUGUGUUGAUACAAAUAUGUGUGAGCAUUUCUACUUCUACCGUCCGUCUGAUCACUGCUCCUUGUAUAGGCCGCCAUUAAGACGUUGGUUCUGGGGUGAUCCUCACAUUAAAACACUUGAUGAUAGAAGCUAUACUUUCAAUGGUCUCGGUGAGUUCGUCAUGGUUGAUGCAAAUGAGGGACAAUUUCAACUUCAGGCCAGAACAAAACGUGCUCAAGGGAAUAACACGAAAGCAACUAUUUUCUCGGCCGGCGCAGCUAAAGAAGAAAAUACGAGCACAAUCGAAAUACGGGUAAAGCCUAAAGGAGGGCUGGAAAUUUUGUUAGACAAGAAAAUCUACCACGGCUACAACAACCUAAUAGACAAGAGUAUAGCAAUCGGUGGAAAUCUCUCUGCUUCAGCACCAGAGAAAAACUGUUUACAGGUUUCCUUUCCCUCAACAACAUCCGUCAACUUCUGUGUGAAGAAAGAAAUGUUGUCGUUUGUGGUAAGUCUCGGUGAGGAUUUGAAAAACACCACCAAAGGACUGUUGGGAACGUGGAAUGAUAACCCGGAUGAUGACUUCACAAGGCCUGAUGGGACUGUUUUAAAGUCAUUUUCAUUAAGGGAUAUUCAUUUCUCGUUUGGUGUCAAGUGGCAAAUUAACCAGUCCCAAUCUUUAUUUACCUAUGGUAACAAUGAAAGCGUGGCCAGUUUUUCAGAUCCUGAUUUUGAGCCCAUGUUUGCUGAUAACAUCACGUGGCAUAAUGACAGUUUAAGACAGAAAGCUGAAGAUCAAUGUGGAAACGAUCAAGAGUGUCUAUUUGACGUGGCUUCCACCAACGACUUGUCUCUUGGCUUGGUAACCAAAGAUAUCAGCAUUCAACUGGUGAAUGAGACAAAACAACUCAACAACUUCCCGCCCAAAAUAGAGACUGUUUCGAACGCGAUAAAUGCGACCCUUGGUGAUACAGUUCACUUGAGCAUCAGGGCUGUCGAUAACGACACGAUUAAGUUUCGCGUGAUUAACAAUCCUGAAGGGGCCACUUGGAACCAGACUGGUAACUUGUUAUAUUUCACUUGGCUUGUUACAACAUCAAGAAAGUUCAGUUUGACUUUCGUUGCUUCUAACGACAAAGGCGCAAGUGCCAGUUGGAGUCCAAUUAUUAACAUGUGUGCUUGCCAACAUGAUGGUCAAUGCGUAAAGCCAGAAGAGGGUGACACAGCCAACACUGACAGCAAGUUUGUAUACAUGGGAUGUGCAUGUCAGGGAGGAUACACAGGAAGAUUCUGUGACAGCGACAUUGACGCCUGCGAAAUGAAUGGUCAGCCGUGUUACGCGGGAGUUGCGUGCAUUGAUCUUCCUGCGCCAGCCAAUUCCAGUGGAUAUAAAUGUGGACCUUGUCCAUCAGGGUACACUGGAAAUGGAGCUCAGUGUGCUGACAUCGACGAAUGCCAAAAUAAGUCGGGAAUUAACUGUGAUCAGCUCUGUGUCAAUCUGCCAGGUUCUUACUUCUGUGAUUGUAACAACGGAUACAAACUGAAUGCUGAUGGCGGCACGUGUGAUGAUAUUAACGAAUGCCUGCCAACAAACGAUUGCAUGCAGAAGUGUAACAACACACGAGGAAGUUACAGCUGUUCAUGCGACAAUUUUUUUCAAGUUGAUCCCAGUGAUCCAAAGAAGUGUGUAGCCAUAAACCCUUGUCCUGCUGGCCAUGGCUGUCAACAUGUUUGCUUCACAGGGGACGAUGAUGAACUUAAAUGCACGUGCAAUGCUAAUUAUCAGCUGGACAGUGCUGGCAAAAGUUGCAGAGAUAUCGAUGAAUGCGACCCUUCGAAUCCCCGUCAUCGCUGCAGUCAGAUCUGUAAAAAUACUCCAGGGAGUUAUAGCUGCUCUUGUGAAAAAGGAUUUGAAAUAGCAAAGGAUGGUUACGAUUGCGAAGAUAUUAACGAGUGCCUCGACGUGAGCUUGUUCAACUGCACGGAUGAGUUUCAAAAAUGCGUUAACACUCGUGGCUCUUACAAGUGUGAAUGUGAUCAAGACUUGUACUUUAUCAAAGGAAAAUGCAGAGGUUUAGAGAAGAAUCAGACAGCUCCAGCGCCAGAGUUACAAAAGCCACGCGAACCUUCAAACAAAGAAAAAGAGGAAGCCGUCCAGUUCUCAAUUGAACAUAAAAAUGGGUUUAAAUGGGAUUUUAAGAAAGACAAAGAUUUCAAGGAAAAGAUGGCUUCUGUCACCACGAAAUACUGUAGUGAAAACAGGACAAGAUGUGCUCUGAAAGAAACAACGAGAAACAGACGGUCGCUCCUUUUUGAUCUCUAUACUACAGAUCAAAUCCAUCUUUUGCCUGAUUACCCCACAAACUCAUCCGGGCUCCUUUACGUAGCGUUCUAUGUUCAGCAACCUGUUGGCCACUAUGUCGGCAACGCGUCAUCACUAUCUCACAGGAUACUGGUUCAAAUUAUAGUCAUUCACAAGAGUGAGAUUGAAGCGGCUAUUGGUGCAAAUAUAUCUGGUAUAGUAGCGUGGUUUAAACCUGGAAAACCAACCUCUUCGCCAUCUGAAGGAAAUGCAAAACCGGCUGAAUGGAAGUGGAUUGCAAUUGGUGCUAGCGUGGGAGGAGUGGUUAUAAUCGUGAUCGUUAUCGUUAGGAGAUGUUUGAGGAGGACAAAUCCUAAUGCUGUGCGCCCAAUUGAGGCUCGAUGAAACAUCGCCAUGAAAAGUGAUCGUCAGGCCUGGUACUAGCACCCAGCCAGUGAAACACUUUUUUCUAUCGUAAAUGUAGAAAGUAGGCACCCCACAGCUGGCCACCGCUCAGCUUUCUUCCGUCCGUGUGCUAGGGAACUUAAGUUUUCACACAGGAAAUAUAUUAGUCCGUAGAUCAGUAACCACAAUUUGAGUCGUAUAAUGGUAAACGUUUGUCAGAACUUAUCCAGAAAACAUAAUUUGACGUGAACCCCGUGAAACUAAAACGAUUUUGCAAAUGGGUUUUACAACGUCUUGUAAAAGAAAAACUGUAAAAUAUAAUUGUGUCAUAUCGCCUAAAACCUCUUACUACACAUUAAGCUCUUGAUACAAUCUUACAACUAUUUUAUCAUAAAACUGCUUGGAAACUUAUUCUUAAAGGGGUUUAGACAAAGCCUCGGCUGUUCGAAGGCUGGAUAACGCUAUCCACUUGAUAAAAUGCCAUGCAGUAGAUAUAAUAGAAAGUGCUAUUAACACUUAUCACCUGGUUAGCGAUUUAUCCGGUGGAAAGCGCCAUCCAGCCUGUGAAAACCCGAGGCAAGAGGUAUAGUUUCUGCAUAUGGAGACCAUUUUCAUCGUAAGAUAAUGUGUUCAAAAUUUAGGUCGAGUUUUAUUUGGUUCAACUGUUUCAACUUCAUCAAAAAACGUUUGUAGUAUGAUUUCAGCUGCUAUCCGGUUCUUAACACGCUUACGAUUUCAAUCUGGUUCGAUGCCCUUUGAAAAAUUAAUUUAUUUGAGCC